CAGCACAUAUAACUUCAUUUGUCUUUUAAAAUCUUUUGUCUGUUAACAGUUUCCAUAUUUUCAGACACUAAUUGAAUUUUGGUUAUAUUCAUACUUAGAUAUAUUCAAAUUGUACUUUAUUAUAAAUAAUUUAUCGUAUAUUUGGGCUAGGUGUUCUAUUAGCCAAGCAUUUCUAAGUACCUACCGGUGAUUUCAAUCGCCUCUUCACAUUCAUCAGUUAUAGUUGGUACAUACAUAUUCUAUUGUAUUCCUACGCUCAAUAGCGAACGAAUAGCGCUAAAUGAUAGUGACAUUGGACGUGUUGUUUUGUAAAUUCGUGAACGCGGUUGACGCUAUUAUAUAGCUGAGUAGUAUAAUCCGACGUUUCUAGACUUGAACAUAAAAUUAAAAUUGUAUGUGUGAAAUAAAUAUAAUUUUGUGUAGUGUGUAGUAUAAAAAUUGUGUCUAUAAAUUCGACCAUGUCGGACGAGGCACACCCAAAGACAUUAUAUGUAGGAAAUUUGGACGCAAGUGUGUCCGAAGAUUUACUAUGCGCCCUAUUUUCACAAAUUGGUGCAGUGAAAGGGUGUAAAAUAAUACGCGAACCGGGCAAUGAUCCAUAUGCAUUUGUUGAAUUUACAAAUCAUCAAGCGGCUGCAACAGCAUUAGCUGCAAUGAAUAAACGUUCAUUUUUAGAUAAAGAAAUGAAAGUAAAUUGGGCAACUAGUCCAGGUAAUCAACCCAAACAAGACACUUCAAAUCAUCACCAUAUAUUUGUUGGUGAUUUAUCCCCAGAAAUUGAAACACAAACGUUACGUGAAGCAUUUGCACCUUUUGGUGAAAUAUCGAAUUGUCGUAUUGUACGAGAUCCACAAACAUUGAAAUCAAAAGGUUAUGCUUUUGUAUCAUUCGUAAAAAAAGCUGAAGCAGAGAAUGCAAUCACAGCCAUGAAUGGACAAUGGUUAGGUUCACGAUCAAUUCGUACAAAUUGGUCCACUAGAAAACCACCACCUCCACGCACCGAUCGACCUUCACGUGGUCCAGGUAAACAGCCAACAUUUGAUGAAGUCUACAAUCAGAGUUCACCAACAAAUUGUACUGUCUAUUGUGGUGGUUUUGUCAAUGGCAUCUCCGAAGAAUUAAUGCAAAAAACCUUCUCACCAUUUGGACAAAUACAAGAUAUACGUGUAUUUAAGGACAAAGGAUAUGCGUUCAUACGUUUUGCAACUAAAGAGGCAGCCACACAUGCUAUCGAGAGUAUACAUAAUACAGAAAUUAAUGGACUUACUGUUAAGUGCUUUUGGGGUAAAGAAAGUGGGGGAGAUAAUGCUGUUAAUCAACAGGUCAUACCACAACCAACUGCUCCACAACAACAAUACCCUUAUUCUUAUCAACAGCAAUUGGGUUAUUGGUAUCAAGGAUAUCCGACAGCUCAAAUGCAAACUGGUUACAUGCCAACUGGAUAUCCAGCUGGCUAUCAACAAUAUCAAUAUGCAACACCAGCAGCGGCCGCAGCGCCUCAGCAGUAUCGCAUGGUGCCACCACAAGGACAAUGGCCGAUACCAAAUGCGGGUCCACAACCACCAAAUGCCACACCGCUAAUGUAUGCAACUAUGCCACAAUUCCAAACGCAAUGAACACAAAACAACAAUUUCUUCGGUGAGGAAUAUCUUCAGAUGAUGAUGAUGUAAACAACAAAAAACAACAAUAUAACAUUGAAUACCUAUACAAUGACUAUACAAUGUACCACAAUCGUAACACAAUCAAACUUGAUUAGUUUUUGUCCUACAGCUACGAUUAGUUUUUAAUAAUAUA